AUGUCAAAGCUCAUCAGCACUCUCACAGUGGGAAUGGCUGCUGCUGUAGCUACCCUGCUAACCACUGUUUAUGCGCAAGAAACAACUAGUACCGAUGAAAAGAAGCUACUUGAAGUUCCUGCUAGCAAUUUUAUGGUGAGACCCUUCAAAGUGUCCGAUUUUCAAAUGGAAAUUGGGCUUUUGAGCGCCUUUUUCCUGUACUUUCUCUUAUGGUCAAGAGGAAAGAGUACCAAUAUGACUCGUGCCAACCAUUGGUUGCAAGGUCAAAUUGAAUAUUUUCAACAGCAAUUUGCCCUUGUUGGAGAUAAUAAAUCCAAUAAGCUGGUGAAGGAUGGACCUGCCGAUUUUCUUUUAUAUACGACUGGAAGGCGCAAUGUCCAAUUUGGUCACUGGUGGUUUAAAAUGAAGAAGAGAAAUGAUAUGUUGACACUUUUCACGACGACCGUUUUAUCUAAAUUUACUUCUACAAAGCCCUCCGUGGAUCGCAUGGAUGUCACUUUACAAUUGGAUAAAAAUCUACCUGAAAAGUUUGUUUUUGCAGUCAUCAGAAAGGACCUAGCUGCGGAUUUACACAAAAAACGCUUUGAUUUGAAUCGUGUUGGUAAGAUUGCGUCCAGUAAAUUACUCUCUGAUGAAUACAACGUCUACGCGGAAACACAGAAAUUAGCGGAUACCAUCUUGACGACGACCAAGAUGACCGAGUGGUUGAAAAAUAAGGCACCUGGACGUCUUGAACAUUUGAUUCUAUCAAGUUUACCUGCUGAAGAACCCAUCAUGUAUGAUAAUGACAACCACAUGUCUCUUUCCCUUUCUUUCUUAAUGCCUGAGGGUAAAGACGUCGACACCUUGGAUCCCUUUGUCGAACUCGCUUGUCAGAUCCCAGACGUUCUCCAGCAACUAAGACUCCCUGCUGAUGUCAAAACAAAGAUCAACAAGAACCGUGAAGACUUAUUGAAAGAGUUUUCAAAGAAAAAGGCAGCUGAUCGUGCUGAAGAGCUCGCAAAAAAGAAAGCAGAGGCUAAGCGUGCUGAAGAAGAGCGUAUUAAAAAAUUGAGUCCUGCUGAACAACGUAAAUGGGAGGAAAAGGAACGUGCGCGUACGAUGAAGAAGCAAAUGAAGAGAAGAAAGGUCUAA